GCAAACCUCGUUUCCGGCACAUUCCUGUCAGUAGGACGCCAACUGUAUCCAAGAAAGAGAGAAGCCUUGCUGUUGUAGUGUCUACGAAUCGUUGUAGUCAUCAUGAGACCUGUGCUGACAUGGGUGGACAAAAUACAAGACAAAGAUAAAUUAGAUCAAUGUGUGUGGGAUUUGUGCUUUAAGCCAGAUGGAACUCAGUUAAUUGUGGCUGCAGGCAACAGAGUAUUGGUGUAUGAUGCCAAUGAUGGCACGAUGGUUCAGCCUCUCAAGGGACACAGAGAAACUGUUUAUUGUGUUGCAUAUGCACAUGAUGGGAAACGCUUUGCAUCAGGAUCAGCUGACAAGAGCGUCAUAAUCUGGACAAAUAAACUUGAAGGAAUUCUCAAAUACACACAUAAUGAUGCCAUUCAGUGCCUGUCCUAUAACCCAGUUACUCAUCAGCUGGCUAGCUGUGCUGUUUCUGAUUUUGGUCUUUGGUCACCCGAGCAGAAGUCUGUGUCAAAGCACAAAGUGAGUAGCCGAGUGACAUGUUGUAGCUGGACAAAUGAUGGUCAGUACUUGGCCCUUGGUCUCUAUAAUGGGCUAAUCAGCAUCAGAAAUAAGACUGGGGAAGAGAAGGUGAAAAUAGAGCGAGCACAAACCCAUCUUGCUCCUAUUUGGUCCUUGGCUUGGAAUCCUAGUCGGGAUGAACAGUAUGAUAUACUGGCAGUAGCAGAUUGGGCACAGCGCUUGUCAUUCUACCAGUUAUCAGGCAAACAGAUUGGCAAGGAUCGACAGCUUAAUUAUGACCCAUGCUGCCUUAAAUGGUUUUCCAAAGGAGAAUAUGUUGUCAUUGGGGGUGCAAACAAGCAGUGCACACUCUACACCAAAGAAGGAGUUAAUCUUGGUUUGAUUGCAGAACAGAAGUCAUGGGCCUGGGCAUGUGCCGUCAAACCAAACUCCAGCCAUGUGGUGGUAGGUUGCCAAGAUGGAACUUUAGCAUUUUACCAGCUGAUGUUUAGCACAGUUCAUGGUUUAUACAAAGACCGCUAUGCCUACCGUGACAACAUGACUGAUGUGAUUAUUCAGCAUCUGAUCACAGAUCAAAAAGUGAGGAUCAAGUGUCGAGACCUUGUGAAGAAAAUUGCUAUCUACAGAAAUAGGCUUGCGGUCCAGCUCCCAGAUCGAAUUGUAAUUUAUGAGCUGUACUCUGAAGAUGUGGCAGAUAUGCACUAUCGUGUAAAGGAGAAAAUUAACAAAAAGUUUGAGUGUAACCUGUUGGUGGUCUGUUCUCAGCAUAUCAUUCUUUGCCAGGAGAAACGACUGCAGUGCUUGUCCUUUCAAGGUGUGAAGGAAAGAGAAUGGGUAGUUGAAUCACUAAUCCGCUACAUCAAGGUCAUUGGAGGGCCUCCGGGUCGGGAGGGGCUGCUAGUUGGCCUGAAAAAUGGUCAGAUCAUGAAGAUUUUCACAGACAACCCAUUCCCCAUUCUGCUGCUAAAACAGAACACCUCUGUGCGCUGCCUGGACCUCAGUGCCAGCCGCAACAAACUGGCUGUGGUUGACGAGCAUAACACUUGUCUUGUCUAUGACCUGACAACCAAGGACCUCUUGUUCCAAGAACCAAAUGCUAACAGUGUGGCCUGGAACAACAGCUAUGAGGACAUGCUCUGUUUUUCUGGCAAUGGCAUGCUUAACAUCAAGGCCAGCAACUUUCCUGUACACCAGCAGAAGCUGCAGGGAUUUGUGGUGGGCUUUACUGGCUCAAAGAUAUUUUGUCUCAAUGUGUAUGCAAUGUCAUCCGUUGAUGUUCCCCAGUCUGCUCCAAUGUAUCAAUACUUGGAAAAGAAAAUGUUUAGGGAUGCGUACAAGAUUGCUUGCCUUGGUGUAACAGAGGGAGACUGGGAGGUUCUAGCUCACGAGGCUCUGGAGGGGCUUGACUUUGAAACUGCAAAAAAAGCCUUUAUACGAAUUCGACACCUUCGAUAUCUGGAGCUUAUUCACAGCAUUGAGGAGAGGAAAAGACGAGGUGAGAAUGACAAUAUGGUGUUCCUGGCAGAUGUGUACAGCUACCAAGGCAAGUUUCAUGAGGCAGCCAAGCUGUACAAGAAAGCCAGCCAAGAGCAGAAGGCUUUGAACAUGUACACUGACCUUCGUAUGUUCGAGUAUGCAAAGGAGUUUAUUGGGUCUGGUGAUCCCCUUGACAAGAAAUUGCUGAUGACAAAGCAGGCUGAUUGGGCAAAGAGCAGUAACGAACCUCGCACAGCGGCUGAGAUGUACAUCUCUGCUGGAGAGCAUCUUAAAGCCAUAGAGAUUAUUGGUGAACAUGGCUGGUUUGACAUGAUGAUAGAUCUGGCACGGAAACUGGACAAGGCAGAUCGAGAAGCCCUUAGUCGAUGUGCCCACCAUCUCUCACGGCUGGAGCAAUAUGGUUAUGCAGCUGAAGUCUUUGCUAAGAUGGGUGAUAUGAAGUCUCUCAUCGCCAUGAGAGUAGAGGCCAAACAUUGGGAUGAUGCUUUUACCCUAGUAGAGAAACAUCCGGAGUACAAGGAAGAUGUCUAUGUGCCAUAUGCUCAAUGGUUAGCUGAAAAUGACCGCUUUGAAGAGGCACAGCAAGCCUUUCAUAAAGCUGGGCUGCAGGAAGAUGCUGUGAAGGUUCUGGAGCAGCUGACUGUGAAUGCUGUGGUAGAGAGUCGUUAUAAUGAUGCUGGCUACUACUUUUGGAAGCUGUCGAUGCAAUGUCUGGACAUUGCCAAAGAUGAUCCCGACAAGGAGAAUGAGAUGCUGAAGAAGUUUUUUGAAUUCCAGACCAAAGCUGAAGUAUACUAUGUCUAUCACACUAUAUACAGACAUGUGGUUGAGCCCUUCACUUCAGUGCUGCCUGAAGGUUUGUUUAACAUGUCUCGCUUCCUGCUGCACUGCUGCACUGAGUCUCAAAUUCCUAAAGGCAUCUCUAAAGCAUCCACUUUGUACACACUGGCUAAGCAGAGCAGAAACCUUGGGGCCUACAAGCUUGCUCGCCAUGCUUUUGAGCACCUAAAGAACCUGCGCAUUCCUCAUAGGUUUCAGAAUGCAGUGGACCUAGGUUCCCUUACCAUCCAAGCCAAACCUUUCCAUGAUGCUGAGGAAUUAAUGUCUAUGUGUUACCGCUGUUCUACAACCAACCCUCUUCUUAACAACAAUCGCAACAGAUGUGUCAACUGCAAGCAACCAUUUGUAUAUUCUUUUGUCAAUUUUGAGGUGUUGCCCUUGGUGGAAUUUUCUCUGGAGGAAGGUAUGACGGAUGAAGAGGCUGUGCACAUUCUGGACAUGUCUGUUCCCCGCAGAAAGAAAGAACGUAACUGGCAGGAGCAGCGUAUGGCUAACAUGCAGUCUCUCCGUUUGGGAGCAGAAGAGGAGGAAGAGAUGGAAGAUCCUUUUUCUUCAAAAGUGAAAAGCUUUGGAGAAAAUGAGGAUUUUGAGCCAGUGGUUGUGAACAGAGCUUUCCUUAAAACUAUGUCACGUUCAGAGGUGUACAUACUGAAGUGGCCAAAACCCUUACGCUAUCGUUUUUUUCGUUCUCUUCUGCCAGAUGUUACCAUCACAAUCUGCCCUUCUUGCAGAAAGCUUUUCCACACUGAUGACUUUGAGCAGCAGUACCUGCUAAGAGGCCACUGUCCAUUUUGCCGCUGCAUGCUGGAUGAUUGAAUGUUGCUGAUUCAGUGAACCUCUUUGAUCAGUGUGAUGGUUGACUAGUACACCUACAUAAAUUUUCAGCAGAUUAAGUCUGCUAUCAGCUGAAACAGAAAGAUAGGGAGAGAAGAAUGUACAGUGUGGCAAUAGAGAGAGCAGUAAUGUACUUCACAGUUUCAGGAGAACUGGUACAUUGCCGUGACCAGUCUAAAAAAUGUGUAAAUGGAAAACAAAGAUAUCAGUAGAUCUGAUGUGACACUUUAUAACCACACCCAUUGGGUACAAAAGACAAAGGAACAUUUCAAGGAGGCCUUGCACUCGUGAAAUAAAACGACUUUUGUGCACUUAAUCCUUGUGUAUUACAGAUAUACUGCUAUAUUUUUCCGUCCAUCAACAUUCCAGAGAAUUUGUAGUUUCAUUAAACUUCUUAGUUUGGUUUGUAAUGCAGUCUUUCUAGCAUUUGUUACUUUAGUCCCUGUACAGAAAAUGAUGCAAUUCCAGUUUACAGAAAUUUAGACUUGAUCUUUGGGUAGACACUGAAGAGUAUUUAUAAAAUAUUGAAGAUAUUUGAAGACACGAAGGAGAUGAAACAGGUAAUGGUUAACAGAUCUAAAUGGAUAUUUAUUUUACAUUAAACUGAACGCACAAAAUAUG